AUGCCUGUGGAGGAGGCAAGAACCAAGGCAUCGCCUGUUGGUAAUUUUUUUGCGAGAUUGGGUAGGCGUGUACGGAGCAAGAGCCCAGCUGUCAGCCGUUUACAGGCCUCGGAGACGCCAAAAAGACCUAAAAGUCGCAAUCGUGAGAUAGAUUCGGAUAGCAGUGAUCGACACGAGGAUAGUUGUGAUGCUUCACAAACUCCGCAUCGAUUUGGAACUCUCAUCAACAGACUGUCUAGGAGAAAGUCGAAGAAGGGCGAAAAGGACAUUAGUUUGAUAUCACCUGAUAGCGGCGAAGUGGCGAUCCCUCAACCGAAAUUCGGCACUCCUCGUCCAGCGAUGAGUGAAAACGAUCUCCGUCAUGUGACACUUCAACGUGGCACGGACCUUCAGGUAACACCACUUGCUGGUGUGUCACAGUUCAUGUCUGAGGAUAAUUUGGCAGUUGCCGAAUGUGGUACACCGGCCUAUCGUGUACCAAGUUAUGUACGAAUUAGCUGCGCUCUCAGUGGAUAUAGGAAGACGCCGAGAUUUCUGGAACAUAGUGCUUCGCGAGCAAUGGGACGCAGUAUUGUGGAGCGCCGUUUAGGGUUAUUCGAGAAGUCACCGGCUGAUGGGUUAGUCCUACGAAUCUUCAGGUUCUACAGAAAGUAG